AUGCCGACAAUUUCAGUUAAAAAACGAGAAAUCGAAAAACUUCUUGGUAAAUCGUAUGACUCGGAAACAUUUUCUGAUAUUUUAUUUAAUUACGGAUUAGAAAUUGAUGAAUGUAUCGAAGAAAGUGAUGAUAUUACUUAUAAAAUAGAAAUACCUGCUAAUCGUUAUGAUUUAUUAUGUGCCGAGGGUUUAAAUUACGCACUACAGUCUUAUUUAUUUGAAAAGGUAUUCGAGGAUAUUAAUUUACAAUCCAGUGAAUACACCAUUUUUAAACAACAUUUUGGUAAUCGGUCUUGUGUGGCGGCUGCUAUAAUAAAAAAUUAUAAAUUUGAUAAAUAUUCUUAUGACAGUUUUAUAUCUUACCAGGAAAAGUUAUGUGGCAAUCUUGGUAGAAAUAGAUCAUUAGUGUCUAUGGGGACACACGAUCUAGAUACAAUUUCAUGGCCAGUGACUUACAAAUCAAUAAAAAAAACGGAAUUAAAAUUCGCACCGUUAAAUUGCACCAAAGAAAUAAACGACUUGGAAAUGCAUUUUAAAGACGAUAAAAAUAUCGGGAAAUAUUUACAAUACGUUGAUAAUGAUAACUAUAUAGUAUUUAUGGAUGCUAAAGGUCAUAUAUUAAGUGUACCUCCGGUUAUAAAUAGUAAUAGAACUAAAAUAUCUGUUAAUACUACAAAUAUUCUGGUAGAAGUUACAGGUACAAAUACUUAUAAAGUUAAUACAUGUUUAAAAAUGAUAUUAAGUGCAUUUAGGACCGAUAACAUGUGUCAGGUCAAUAUAAUUAGUGAUAAGCAAGAAAUACUUGAAAUUAAAGAUAAAUCGUAUUUAUUGUCGAUAGAUGAAGUUUAUAAAGAGCUAAAUAUUAAUAUAUCUGUGAUAGAUUUAUCAGAUUUAUUAAUUAAAAUGAUGUAUAAAACUAAUAUUAUUGACGAUAAACACCUAAAUGUUACUGUACCAUCUGUAAGACAGGAUGUACUUCAUAAAGCAGAUCUUAUAGAAGAUAUUGCUAUAUGUUACGGAUUUAAUAACAUUAAUAUGGUUAUGCCCGAUAUUAAUACUAUUGGCAGUGAAAAUAGAAUAAAUAAGUUUAGUGAUAAAUUAAGAUUGGAAAUGUGUAUGUUGGGAUUUACAGAAGUUUAUACUAUGGUGCUAGUAUCUAAAAGUGAUAAUAUAUUCGGAGAUAAUAGUGCGGUUGUAUCUAAUUAUAAAUCACUGGAAUGUGAAGCGGUGCGAAGUUCUCUUUAUCCAGGGCUAAUGAAGGCUGUAUCUAGUAAUUUACACUGUAAAAUACCUAUAAAGAUCUUUGAAGUAGGGGAUGUGGUGUUUUUAGAUAGUGAAAGUGACGUGGGUGCUAGAAAUAGAAGAUAUUUAUCUUGUUUAUACGUUGGUAAUAAAAGUCAUUUAGAGGAUGUACAAGGACCUAUGACUGUGAUUUUAGAAAAAUGUGGUAUCAAAGACUAUAAGUUUGAGAGGAUGGAUGAUGAAAAAAAAUAUUUGAAAAAUCAGAGUGCUGUUUUAAAAAUAAACGAUAAAAUUUUUGGAAGUAUUGGUGUCUGUAACGGAGAUGUUUUGAACAAGUAUAAGAUACCUUAUUCAGGAUCUAUGUUUGAAUUGGAUAUAGAAAGUAUUUUUGAUACAUUUUUUAAUUAA